AUGUCUAUCAUUAACAAGACAACAAAACAAGAAACUUUAAUAAGAAAAGAUGAAAUAAAUAAAAAUACAUUCAAAGUAACAGUAAAUACAGAUGAUGUAACUAUCGAAACAACUACAAAUGGAAUAACAACAUUCACCAGUGAAAAUUACAUUGACCGUAUUCAAUUAAUCACUCAAGUACCUGAACCAAAAAUACAAACAAAAGCAGUUACUAUUACUGAAAAUGGUUCAUACACUAUCAGUCCAGAUGAUAACCUUGAUGCACUUGAUCAUGUCUAUGUCACUGUAAAUGUACCACAAUAUAAAAUAGAUUCUAUAAAAAUAAAGCAAAACGGUACUUAUACAUUAGCAACAGUAGCACCAGAAAUAAUAAAUAUUACAGAAGAUAACACUAAUAUUGCAGAUUUAAUACCAGCAGAUGGAAAAUUACAUAAAGUCAUAAAUAAUAGUACAGAAGAAUACAUUAAAAUUUAUACUACCAAAACAAACAACGAACAAUACAUAUCAUUUAAACGUGGAGUUAUUGAUGACCUCGAAAUAACAGAAAUAGAAAGUGAUGUUGUAACUUAUUUGCAACAAAAUACUCCUCGAUAUAUAUUAAAAUUGUCUGUAAAUUAUAUAAGUGAAGCGAAGAUCGAAUUUUGUGAAGGAACAACAGUAGAAAACACAAUGGUAUUAUUUGAUUAUCAAUCAUAUUAUGCUAAAUCACAACAGGCAUCAUCAGCAUCUUCGUUAAUAACAAUACAACAUAAAAUAAUUUCAGAAAACUUCCCAAUAAAAUAA